AAUCACAAAAGAACACUACAUGUAUUCUUUAAAACCUGAACUCCCUGCCUCUUUAAAGCCACACCUACGCUCUCUGUCACACUACACCACAAACAGAACCAGGAAGCUCUUUUUGCAGAAAACGAAACUCACAAAUUUUCCUUUCUGAGUGAGUGUGUGAGUGCAGGAAAAUGGCAGAAGCCAGUAUUUCAGUAGAUCAGGAUCGGUUCAUCUGUCCAGUGUGUCUGGAUCGUCUGAAGGAUCCAGUGACUACAACCUGUGGCCACAAUUUCUGUAAGGUGUGUAUUAAUGGCUACUGGGAUAAAGAGGAUCUGACAGGCGUCUACAGCUGUCCCCAGUGUAGAGAGACUUUCACUCCAAGGCCUGUUCUAUGCAGGAACAACAUGCUGGCUGAAAUGGUGGAAAAACAAAAUAAGACUGAACUCCAAGCAGCUUCUCCUGCUCACCGUUACACUGGACCUAAAGAUGUGGAGUGUGAUUCCUGCACUGGGAGAAAACGUAAAGCCAUUAAUUCAUGUAUGGAGUGUCGGGCCUCCUAUUGUGAAGAUCAUCUUAAACCUCACUAUCAGGCUCCUGCCUUAAAGAAGCACAAGUUAGUUGAAGCCCGUGCAGAGCUCCAAGAGAAGAUCUGCUCUCAGCAUGACAACGUGAUUGAGAUCUACUGUCGUACUGACCAAAGCUUCAUCUGUUACUUGUGUACGAUGGAUGAACACAAAGGUCAUGAUGCAGUUUCAACUAAAGCAGAAAGAACUGAAAAACAGAAUGAGGUAAAGGAGAAGCAGAUGAAAUCCCAGCAGAGGAUCCAGGAGAAGCAGAAGAAGAUGCAGGAGCUGAGACAGACUGUGGACACUAUUAAGAGGCAUUCGCAGGCAGCAGUAGAUGAGAGUGAGAAGACCUUUACUGAGCUGAUCAGCUCCAUGGAGAAAAAGCGCUCGGAGGUGAAGGAGUUGAUCCGAGCUCAGGAGAAAGCUGAACUGAGUCGAGCUGAACGACUCCUGAAGCAACUGGAGCAGGAGAUUGCUGAUCUUAAGAGGAGAGUCACUGAGCUGGAGCAGCUUUCACACACACACGAUCACAUCCACUUCCUCCAGAGUUUCCCGUCUCUCUGUGCUUCUCCUCAAAGGGAGGCCUCACCCAGCAUCAUUGUCAAUCAACAUCUCUCAUUUGAUGGAGUGAGGAAACCUCUCUCAGAUCUGAAAAAACGAGUCGAGGAGAUCUGUGAGGAGGAAUUCAACAAAAUCUGUCCACAAGCUGCGGCACUUCAGAUAUUACCUUCACAGCAGAAAAGCAGAAAGGAUUUUCUGCAGUAUUUCUGUUAUCUGACUUUGGAUCCCAACACAGCACAUCCUUCCCUUAUUCUGUCUGAGAAGAACAGAGCAGUGACACACAGUAGGACACAACAGCAAUGCCCUGUUCAUCCUGAGAGAUUUGACUACUGGCCUCAAAUGUUGUCUAAGGAGAGUGUGUGUGGACGCUGUUACUGGGAAGUGGAGUGGAGCGGUUUUGCUUUCAUAUCAGUGUCAUAUAAAGAGCUCAGCAGGAAAGGGCAGGGUAAUGAGUGUGUGUUUGGAUACAACAGUCAGUCCUGGAGUCUGGUGUGUUCUCCUUCCUCUGUCAUUUUCCGGCACAACAACAUUAAAACUGUACUCCCAGGUCCAGCAUCCUCCAGAAUAGGAGUGUAUGUGGAUCACAUUGUAGGAACUCUGUCCUUCUACAGCAUCUCUGGCACGAUGAAGCUCCUCCACAGAGUCCACACCACAUUCUGUCAGCCUCUAUACGCUGGGUUCGGUGUAGGUAAUAACUCAGCUGUGAGGUUGGGUGUUCCAAAAGUGUGUGAGUGCAGGGAAAUGGCAGAAGCCAGUAUUUCAGUAGAUCAGGAUCAGUUCAUCUGUCCGGUGUGUCUGGAUCAUCUGAAGGAUCCAGUGACUACAACCUGUGGCCACAAUUUCUGUGAGGUGUGCAUUAUUGGCUUCUGGGAUCAGGAGGAUGUGAAGGGUGUCUACAGCUGCCCCAGGUGUAGAAAGACUUUCACUCCAAGGCCUGUUCUAUGCAGGAACAACAUGCUGGCUGAAAUGGUGGAGAAACAAAAUGAGACUGAACUCCAAGCUGUUUCUCCUGCUCCCCGUUAUGCUGGACCUGGAGAUGUGGAGUGUGAUUCCUGCAUUGGGAGAAAACGUAAAGCCAUUAAUUCCUGUCUGGUGUGUCUGGCCUCCUAUUGUGAAGAUCAUAUUAAACCUCACAAUCAGGCUCCUGCCUUUAAGAAGCACAAGUUAGUUGAACCCCGUGCAGAGCUCCAGGAGAAGAUCUGCUCAGAACAUGACAAACUCAGCGAGAUGUACUGUCGUACUGACCAAAGCUUCAUCUGUUACUUGUGUAUGAUGGAUAAACAUAAAGGCCAUGAUACAGUUUCAACUAAAGCAGAAAGAACUGAAAAACAGAAUGAACUGCAGGAGGAGCAGAUGAAAUUCCAGCAGAGGAUCCAGGAGAAGCAGAAGAAGGUGCAGGAGCUGAGACAGAAUGUGGACACUAUUAAGAGGCGUUCACAGGCAGCAGUAGAUGAGAGUGAGAAGAUCUUUACUGAGCUGAUCAGCUCCAUGGAGAAAAAGUACUCUGAGGUGAAGGAGUUGAUCAGAGCUCAGGAGAAAGCUGAACUGAGUCGAGCUGAACGACACCUGAAGCAACUGGAGCAGGAGAUUGCUGAUCUUAAGAGGAGAAUAUCUGAGCUGGAGCAGCUUUCACACACACACGAUCACAUCCACUUCCUCCAGGUUUUCCCAUCUCUCUGUGUUUCUCCUGGAUCUGAGGACUCACCCAGCUUCACUGUCAAUCAACAUCUCUCAUUUGAUGGGGUGAGGAAAUCUCUCUCAGAUCUGAAACAACGAGUCGAGAAAAUCUGUGAGGAGGGAUUCAACCAAAUCUGUCCACAAGCUGCAGCAUUUCAGGUAUUACCUUUACAGCCGAAAACCAGAGAGGAUUUACUGCAGUAUUUCUGUUAUCUGACUCUGGAUCCCAGUACAGCACAUCGUCAACUCAUUCUGUCUGAAAAGAACAGAGUGGUGAAGCGCAGUAGGACACAACAGCGAUAUCCUGAUCAUCAAGAGAGAUUUGACUCUUGGUCUCAGGUGUUGUGUAAGGAGAGUGUGUGUGGAUUCAGUUACUGGGAGGUGGAAUGGAGUGGUGAUGUGUCCAUAUCAGUCUCCUAUAAAGAGAUCAGCAGAAAAGGAGGCGGAAGUGAGAGUUUGUUUGGAUUCAACAAUCAGUCCUGGAGUCUGCAGUGUUCUCCUUCCUCUGUCGCUUUCUGGCACAACAACAUUAAGACUGAUCUCCGAGGUCCAGCAUCCUCCAGAAUAGGAGUGUAUGUGGAUCACAGUGCAGGAACUCUGUCCUUCUACAGCAUGUCUGACAUGAUGAGGCUCCUCCACAGAGUCCACACCACAUUCAUUCAAUCUCAUCCUCUAUACGCUGGGUUCUGUGUAGGUAAUAACUCAAUUCUGAGGUUAUGUGACUUGAAAUGAAAUGUUAGUAAAGGAAUUUACAGAAACUAUAAGAGAGGUGUCAGAUUUAAUUUCACCCUGAGCUACAAUGCCUCUUUUGGGUGUACAAACUGUAACACUAAUUUCUCUUAUUAUAAUUUUCUAAUGGCAUCUUUUCUAUAGAUUAAUAAAUUACAUAAAUAAUAUCUUAUUGCAGAAUGCAGGAUGUUUCUAGAACAAAGAAAUGUUAUGAAGCAGACUAUUUAACUGUAUGCUGUCACAUACCGGGACAUAAGAGAGGUUGAGGAGGGAUGCAUGUGCAGUUAAAGAUGUUUAUUAAAGAGAGAGGCAGGCAGACAAAUCUAAAUCGUGAUACAGAAGCAUGGUCUAAUAACAUUCAAAAGGUCAGGCGAUCGGCAAACGGGCAUAAACAGGGCUAGGCUGGAAUCAACACGAGAAACAAUGUCAUUAACAUGAGACGAGGAAACAAUCGCUUAAUAAAGCGGUAAACUCAAUACUAUAUAAUUUGCACAGAGACACGAGGGGUUUACAUGACGAAUGUAAUCAUGGGUUAAACACAGGCCAGCUGAAAACGAUGACACACAUUCGGGAAACAACUAAUGACAAAACAGGGGAGGAGACAGAACAUAAUCAUAAAAAAGCACGUGUCCAAAGUAAACAAAGGCACUGUCAUUGAAAACCGAAAAGUGUGCGUUCGCUGAGCGCUCGUGCACCUGGCUCGUGCACGCGCAUGCGCUUCAGUUUUCCGAGCUCACUGCAAUCCUGCAGCGCUGACUCAAGGAGAAAUCAUGACAUAUGCACUAUUAGCAAAUGUAUUGUGCUGAUCUGAAAAAUUUCUAAUGUUUCAAAAAUUCUGUUUUGGGUUUGCCAAAGACGGUUUCUUUUGAAAUAAUAAAACUUACUCAAACUGC